AUGCUUGAUCCCUGCCGCCCCUGCAAAUGGGCUGCCCCAAGCAGGUGCUUGCUUUGCUGGUGCCUAGAGCCGCCCCUGCUUACAGACAACAGGCUGAACCUGGAUGUGUACCCUAACGGCUGUUGCCAGUUCCUCGAGCUGUUUGAGAAACGAAGGGAAGAGGUGGCCCAGGUGGAAUUCCUGCGGCUGAACUGCAAUGAGGCCCUCAUAGACUCCACGCUGAGCAGCCUUCCUGUCCUGAAGUGCCUGAAGUCCCUGGUGCUCAAAGGUGGGCAUGCCCAGGAUGAAUUGGGUGCUUGUCAGCAGGGUUCCCUGACAACCUUGCCACAAGAUUUUGGGAGUCUGCUAUGUCUCACUCAUCUGGAUCUCAGCUUUAAUAGCUUCUCCAGGUUGCCCAGCUGCGUCACUGACCUUGCCAGCCUCCGUGUGCUCUUGGUGUGCCACAACAGCUUGGUGGAGCUGCCCGAAGACUUUGGCCAGCUCAGUAAGCUGACUUUCUUCUCUGCCAUGAAAAACCAGCUCCGGGAUCUACCACGGAGCAUCGGGGAGCUGGCCGCGCUGCAGAGACUGGACCUGUCUGAAAACGCCCUGCAAUCACUUCCCGACGAGAUUGGGAGUCUGUAUAACUGCAUGGAGCUGGAUCUCUCAGGGAAUCAAUUGAUGGGCGUCCCUGAUUCACUUGCCAAUUUGCAGUCUCUGCAGCAGCUGCAUCUUCACAGCAAUCUCCUGGUGACUGUCCCCGCAUCCCUUGCCAGCCUUCCCAACUUGUCCAGGCUUGACUUGCAGAACAACUGGCUUCGCUCCAUCCCCCCCGAGAUCCAGCGCUCUCCCUUCGUGCACCUGCGGGGCAAUCCGCUAGGAGAACCUGAGAUCCCCCUGCAAUCUGAUGAAUCCAGCUCAGGAGAGCUAGGAAGAGUGUUCCUUGUACCCAAUGAGGACAGCUUUACUGUGACCCCCGAUGGCUGCAAAGUCAUCCUGGCCUGCGGCAUCCAGUUUUACUUCCCCCCCGGGGCUGCCACCUCCUCAGUAACGAUCCAUUUCCAAACGCUCUCGCCUGACCCGCAGUGGGUGAAACUGAGGCACCAUGACAUCCUGCUGAGUGAAGUCCUGGAGCUGCGGCCUCAUGGGGUUGUAUUCCAGCAGGAAGUGCAGAUCUGGAUGCCUUACACCUCCCCUCAGACUCUGCGUGAGCGAGAAGUGGUAGUUCGGACCUUCAGUGGGCAGAGCUGGAGCGACCUGCAAACCAAGGUGGAGCGGAGAGGAAAGACGAAGAAGCACAUGGCUUGCUGUAGUCCCCACUUCUCCUGGUUCCUGGUCGUCUCUCGGCUCGUGGAGAAUAAAUGCAGUGUCCCAUCAGAGGGGACUUGGAGCGUCACAUUGCAGGUGUUGCCAGUGUCGGCAGAGGACCUGGCAGAGAUCACAGAUGAUCCAGAGUCCAGAGCUGGUCCCCUGCUCUGCCUCUCCCAGAAUUCCACUGUGGAUUUCCUCAGGCCAGUUAAAAUUCAGCUCCCGCUACCUCCAGGGGUCACAGGUCUCACCCUAGAUCGCUCCAGGCUGCAUCUUCUUCACGGUAACCUGCAAGCCCAAACCUGGGAUGAUAUCACCAAUCAGGUGGUGCUGGAGUUCACCCACCUCUACGCAGGGUUUGAAGUCACCCACUUCUCCUGGUACUGGCUGUGGUAUACCACCAAGACUUACAUCGGCGGCAUCGCUAGGAAGGUGUACGAGAGGCUGCGCCUGUACCAGGUGAACUUCAUAGCGCUGCAAAGGAAGAAGGACCCUGAGCAAGUUUUGCUGCAGUGUGUCCCCAAGCACAAGAUGUGCCUAACCCUAUGACAACUCUGCUGGGACAAAUGUUCCCAAUUCCAGGUAAAGUGGAUCUCAACGAACAACAGGCAACCUACUACAUGUAUAUCCUGGGAAGUGGUUGAAGCAACAUGUGCUUGUCUCUUGGCACAAGCUGAAGAGGCAGAAAAAGAAACUUACUCUGUUUGUCUAGCAGAGCAAAUGAUCUUGGAAGAGUUUGGGAGAUGCUUGUCACAGAUUCUGCAUUCAGAAUUUAAGUCCAAAGGGCUGACAGUUGAGUAAUGUACAAUGUUUUCUAAAACUAAUGAGUGUUCACUUUAUUGAGCAUCACUACAUUCUGAGUACUAUUAUUACUCAGUGGCCUGAUUUUGAUCUCACACUGACUUAACUUCAUUGACUUUAACUCAGUUGAUUCUGAAUUACAGUGAUUUAAGUGAGAUCAGAAUCAGGACCAAAACAUUUAAGAGUCAUCUAGAAUAUUUUAUUUAUGUUAAAGGAUUUUCCAUAAAACAACAUAAUUGCUUUGGGCCAAAUUCUGAAGUUUUUACCCAAACAAAAUUACCAUUGAAAUCCAAAUAAUUUACAUGGCUUUGAGAGGAGUUUACCUAAGUAAGAUAUUUAAGUCAAUGAUUUUUAGAUUAAGCCCCAAAAGAGGCCUGAUUUAGGAUUAGGCCCCUUUUACUACUAUGAAAGCACUUAGUAAAAUCAGAAGAGUAGAGAGCUACCUUAUAACUUGUAAUAUACAUCUUUUGGUGUUUUCUCCACUUUUCCAGUUUGGGGAAUAAAAUAAAUAUUAAAACCAAGAUUUUUAGAUAUGGCCUUCAUUUUUGCAGUUGCAAUUUUGCUCCCACAAAUCUGAUAGUUAGAUGUGAAUGAUUGAUAUUUAUAUGUGCAGUUCACUACAGCUGCCCAAAAACACCUGCAGAAAUGGAGAUUGGAUGGAGGCGCAGCUGAAAACUAGGGCCUCAAAGUUUUCUCUAGACCUAUCUCUACACCUGCUCUUCCAAUUACAAUGAGUAGAGCUGCACUACUUUAAAAAGGAUUAAACAGUCACUGGCCAUUUUUGUGGGAGUUUUGUGAAUAUUUGGUUUUGGUCCAUAUAUACUGUACCUGUCAAUAUUCAAUCUACCUGCUGAUAACUGUAUUUUGAAGGUGUUCACAUUUUUGCAUCCUCACUUAGGUCCAUCUUUAUUCACACAAUAAAUACUUAAUCAAUUUA